GGUAGCUAUAGGAAAAUCAUCCCGUCUCUUUCGCUCUCGCGCAAUCAGCUCCCGUACACACACCUCUAUGCUGCCCGCAUCCAAAGUGAUAAAGAGAGAAAGAGACGGAAAGAUUCAAGAGCACGACGCAGUGUGGCUGUAUUGUAUACGCUUGUGUACAGACUGCAGUGUACAAGCAACCAGUCGGCGAAGAGCUUAUCUGCAUGUGUGUGUGUGUGUGCGUGUAUACAUAGAGAAUAGAACACACUCGUCGGCAAGUACCCAAAGCGGCUCGAAAAUUCGCGGACGCAUACGUCGCGGGGAUUCCUCGUCCUCCGAUUUCGAUCGAUCGUAUUUAUAGUGUCGCGAUUUAUUUUUACGUUUGCCUGCUGCGCCUCCACUACUUCUCUCUCUCUCUCUCUCUCUCUCUCUCUCUCUCUCUCUCUCUCUCUCUCUCUCUCUCUCUCAACUCCGUGUGUGUCUAGUUCAGAAGCUACGCUCUCUACUCUUUUUCUCUUUCCUUUCUCUAUAAACUCUCUCUCCCUCUCUCUUCGCCGAGCGCGAGUGAGUGUGUCGUCGUCGUCGUCGUCGUCCGGUUAAACCUCUGCUCACGCACAAGAUAUCUAGGUGUGUGCGCUGAUAUAUUACAUCUGAUAUAAUACGAUGCGUUAAGUGCCUGGCACCAGGAGGCAGGAGUAGUCAUGCUGCUCGUCGUCGCCGGCUAGAGAGCGGAGGCGACUGGACCGUGUGCAGACUGCAGAGGCCGAGUGGGUUGAAAGAUCUCUAUAUUGGUUAGAAGGUGGUGCAGCGAGGAAGAGAAGCCCGCCCGUAUAACCUACUAUACUCGUCACGUCGCCCAUCCUCCCCGACGACGACGGCGAAGCCGUCCACGUGGAUAAUAUAGUCUCCUCGAGAAAGAAAGAAGCUAGGAACCUUGAUUUCCUAUUACGCGGACACGAUUUCUCUCUUGCAUGCGCAGUAGUGUGCUGUCCUGCGAUGAUGUGACAGAGGUGUGCUGCUUCGCGAGACAGAUUUGUCUCCAGUGGUGUUUGGUAAUAAGAAAGGGUAGAGGAUUCAUUAGCACUCUGCCUUAAAUUGCGUGAGAAUGGAGACAUCCGUGGCUGGACGACGAAGAACCACCACCAGGCAUUCUGCCGAGGACCAGGCACUCGACCAGAUUGCCAAAGAGGCAGAGGCAAGAUUAGCUGCAAAAAGACAAGCUAGAGCUGAGGCACGAGAAAUACGAAUGAGGGAGUUAGAAAGACAGCAAAAAGAAGCAGAGGAGAAUGCAGAUAGAGUAUUUGAUAUGUGUACAGCAGACGCAAACAGAGCCAUGAGGGUAACACCAGACCCUGUUCGUGCUUCUCGGCUUCUUGCAGGCACAAACAAUUUUCAGUCAAGUCGAAGAUCUUCUGAAGAUUCUUUGGAAGAUGCAGGUCUUGGCAGAGAUCUUCGAAUAGAACUGAAAGAGUUUGAGGAGAAAUUCCGUAAAGCAAUGAUAGCUAAUGCUCAAUUAGACAAUGAAAAGUCUUCCUACAGUUAUCAAGUUGAUUUAUUGAAGGAUAAGCUUGAAGAGCUUGAAGAAAUGACUGCCCAAUUACGCCGCGAACUCAGGGAAAAGAAUCGUGAAGCAGAGCAAUCUAAGCGCCUUAGUCAGAGAUUAAAAGAAGAUUUAGACAUUUGUAGGGCACAGCUUUUAGAAAGAGAUACUCUAAUACAGGAAAAUGGCCUGGUAAUAGUUGAAGAUGAAGGCAGUGAAGGUGAAGAAACACAAAAAGAGAAUGGACCUGUUGUUAGAAAGAGAGUACUAGUCAGUACAGAAGCUGCAGAAUUAUUACAAAAUGCUGGAGAAGGUUCUCUAGAUGUGCGACUGCGGAAGUUUGCAUCUGAGAAGAAAGAGCAACAAGAUGAAAUUAGGCAUCUCAGGCUAGAAUUGGAAGAAGCAAGAAAUAGAAUGAGGCCUGAGAGAUCCUCAGGUUCUGUGCUAGGCUUAUCAGAUUCAGAAGAUGCUCAGAGAGAAGCUAAUAAACUCUUGGCAGAUUACAAGUUUAAGUUACAAAAAGCAGAACAAGACAUGUCUACACUUCAAGCAACUGUAGCUAGAUUGGAGAGUCAAGUAAUUCGUUAUAAGUCUGCAGCCGAAGCUUCAGAAAAAGCAGAAGAUGAACUAAAAGUUGAAAAGCGGAAAUUACAAAGAGAGGUUCGGGAAUCACAGGGAAGAGUGGAAGAACUGGAGACGGCUAAUUCUCAUCUACAGCGACGUUUGGACAAACUGAAAAAUGCUAAAUCUGCCCUCUUGAAGGAACUGUGAUAGUUCCGUAUGCUCGCCUGACGAGUUUCAUAUGCUUCGAGAAGCGUGACAUGUAAAUACGAAAACGGAGGAAAGCACUACCUACUUAGCAAAAAGGUGUGCAAGAGAAUUUAGUGAGCGUUUCGUGUUCAUAUGCGAGGCAAAGAAACCUUUCCCUCUAUGAAGACUAAUUGCGAAAUUUUAUCCUUAUUUUCCUCUCUCCUUCUCUAUUCUUUUUUCUUCUUUCUUUUAUCAUUGCGCCUAUGUUUUACGAAUCUUUUCAUAGAUCUAAUUUAUUCAUAAAAGACUACGACUGCGUGUUUUCAAGAUUUAAAGAUAAAAAGAAACUAAGACUUUGUACCAUUUGUACUGUUUGCAUUUUCUAUUUCGCCUCGAUCAUCGUUGGAACUGACUAUGGCAUGGAUUGUAAAGAAUCAACGAAAAGAAAGUUUAAGAGAAGAAUAUAAGAAACACAGUGCCUAUGACGAUUAUCGAGGUAGAGUCCCAGUAAGUAUUUGUACCAGAAAAAAUGGAAUUCCAUCCAACAGUAGAUUUUGCCACACCGAGCAGAAGCUACAUUCCUGAAAAUCGGCUUAAAACGCGGCCUACUCCACAAGCCACCUUACUAACGCGGGCAAGACUCUCUAAUUAAAUCCUUUACUUGUAAUUAUAUCUUGGUAGGCAUUAACUUAAAAUGAAUAACCACAAUUGUAUUUUAAUUAUUGGUGAUUUUUUGUUUUCUCGCCAAUUAUCUGGUUCUCUAAGCGAUUUUUAAUGUAUUUCGUCUGUAUUAUAAGAUGUUUCUGUAUUAUAAUGCGAAUGCGUGUGUACGAGUUGUAUCCGAUGUAGCGCGUUUUACCACGAUGUAAAGUGUACAUCUUUCUUUCCCGCAUGAACAGUCGACAACAGAUACAAGGCGUUUGUUUUGUAAGUCUUAAUCAUUGUUUAAAGCACGAAAAAAAUAUAUGUAUAUCUCGUUUAAAAAAUCUUGUGAAAAUUUCAGCCACGCGCAAAAUUGCAUUUGUUGAAGCUGACGAAAUCGUGUUAUAAAAGCUCUUUAUUAAACAAUUCAUAUUAACUAAAAAAAGUA